ACCUUCUCAUUCGGUUGGUUUGUUUGAGUAACAUCUGGAAGAUAAAUACUUUUUAAGUGUGAAAACAAGCGGGGACGACAACGCUGAGCAACUUGAGGACGGCUCGCUGAGGAGACUGUGUACUGGGCCAGCUUCGACUUGCUCUUUAAGUGAACAACAUUAGCUAGCUGCUAACACUAGCGAAACCCCACGGAACUACCGUCAGGAAAAUCCCUAAAGCUAGCUAAUGUCCACUUCUCGAAGUAUUUUUUCGAUAGUACCGCCUCGCCCAUAACCCGGACAUCAUCAUAGGAGACACCUGACUCGACAUUAACUUAGAUAAGCAAAUUGUCGCUCUUGGAUCUGACAUCUGCCAUCCACUGGGAUCCAGGCGCUUGAGUCCUAAAUGACAAGUAACUGAGGAUGUCCAAGCGGAGCUUGUUUGUUCGUCUGGUGCCGUGCCGCUGCUUGCGGGGUGAGGAGGAGACGGUAACAUCGCUGGACUACUCCCACUGCAGCCUGGAGACUGUUCCUAAGGAGAUCUUUAGCUUUGAGAAGACCCUGCAGGAACUCUACCUCGAUGCCAACCAGAUUGAGGAAUUGCCUAAACAACUGUUUAACUGCCAGUUACUGCACCGACUGAGCAUGCCAGAUAAUGACCUAACAGUGUUGCCAGCAGCGAUUGCAAACCUCAUCAAUCUCAGGGAGCUUGAUGUCAGCAAAAACAGUAUCCAGGAGUUUCCGGAAAACAUCAAGAACUGCAAAGUCCUAGCUAUUGUAGAAGCCAGUGUGAAUCCCAUAUCCAAGCUCCCAGAAGGCUUCACCCAGCUUCUGAGUCUGACGCAGCUCUACCUGAACGAUGCCUUUUUGGAGUUCCUACCAGCCAGCUUUGGCAGGUUGACUAAAUUACAGAUCUUGGAGCUGAGAGAGAACCAGUUAAAGAUGUUGCCAAAAAGCAUGCAGAAACUCACGCAGCUGGAGAGGUUGGACCUGGGGAGUAAUGAGUUCACUGAAGUGCCUGAGGUGUUGGAGCAGCUGACUGGAAUAAAGGAACUGUGGAUGGAUGGGAACAGACUGACAUUUUUACCUGGGAUGCUUGGGAUGCUAAAACAGCUAGUGUACCUGGAUGUGUCCAAGAACAACCUGGAGAUGGUAGAUGAGCAAAUCUGCGGCUGUGAGAGUCUGCAGGACCUCCUGCUCUCCAACAAUGCCCUCACACAGCUGCCCGGCUCCAUCGGCACACUGAAGAAACUGACCGCACUGAAAGUGGAUGAGAACCAGCUGAUGUACGUGCCAGACUCUGUUGGAGGGCUGACAUCUCUGGAAGAGCUGGACUGCAGUUUCAAUGAGAUCGAAGCCUUGCCCUCUUCCGUCGGCCAGUGUGUCCGCAUCCGCACCUUUGCUGCAGAUCACAACUUCCUUACCCAGCUUCCCCCUGAGAUGGGUAACUGGAAGACUGCCACUGUGCUCUUUCUACAUUCCAACAAGCUGGAGUCUUUGCCUGAGGAGAUGGGUGACAUGCAGAAGCUCAAGGUCAUCAAUCUUAGCAACAACAAGUUGAAAAAUCUUCCUUACAGUUUCAUGAAACUGAACCAGAUGACUGCAAUGUGGCUGUCUGAAAAUCAGUCAAAGCCCCUGAUCCCGCUCCAGAAGGAGGAGGACCCAGAGACACGCAAAACUGUGCUGACCAACUACAUGUUCCCCCAGCAAACCAGGACUGAGGACUACAUCCCCAACUCUGACUCUGAGAGCUUCAAUCCAGCUCUCUGGGAGGAACAACGCAAGCAUCGAGCUCAGGUGGCGUUUGAGUGUGACGAGGACAAGGAUGAGAGAGAAACACCCCCAAAGGAGGGAAACCUGAAGCGCUACCCUACACCAUACCCAGACGAGCUGAAGAACAUGGUGAAGACAGCCCAGUCUGUGGCUCACAGGCUGAAGGAGGAUGAGUCAAGCGACGAGUCGGGGAAAGAUGCAAAACCAAGCGAGAGGAACCAUAUCGGAGUGCAGGAUGUGGGCGUUAAGGUGAUAGAGGCCCCAUGCCCCAACGGCAUGGCGUCAGACAAGGAUCCCCAAGUGUCUGCCAAGACAUGUGCCCAAAAUCCUUCUGCACCAGAAUCAAAAGACACUUCAGAUGCAUCUUACAGCUCCCAGAAAGUCCCACUCAAAUCUUCAGAGGGCUCUCUGAUGAACCAUGAGGACACAAUGGAGGAUUCUGAGGAGCUGUCAGAUGAAGAUGAGAUGAAAAUAGCAGAGAUGAGGCCCCCUCUUAUUGAGAUCUCCAUCAACCAGCCUAAAGUAGUGACUUUAAGUAAGGACAAAAAAGACGAUGGGAAAGACGCAGACUCUUUGCUGGAUGACACAGUGGCCAACAGCAACCAGAACAACAGUAACUGUUCAUCACCGUCUCGCAUGUCCGACUCAGUGUCUCUAACCACGGACAGCAGUCAGGACAACUCUCUGUGCACUCCGGAGAGAGAGGCAAAGAUGCCCUUCAUCCCAAAAAGCCGGCAAGCAGAUGAGAAUAUGAACCAGCCUAAAGACACCACCCCUCUCCUCCAUAAUGGUAAUGGCUCUGAAACUUCCCUUCAGGCCCUUUUGAAAACCCAGCAGACACCGCCAGAAAAAAUGGGUGACUACGACCUGUCCAUGGAGGCCAGAUUGGCCUUCAUUGAGAAGGGAAUUAACAAUGGCAUGGAAGACACCUACACCCAGUGGGACCAGAUCAAUAUGAACGUGUCCAAGCUACCGACCGAAAACAUGGUUCAGCUGGAUGAGCUGGACAAAACCAAGAAUGGUUCAGUAGCCAGGGAGGACUUGGUCAGCAAGCGGGGUUUUAGCAAUGACAACUUGGAGCGUUUACAGAAUGGAAACCAACAGGUCAGUGACUGCUUCAAUAGUCUGGGGAACAAAAGCCAAGCAUUGAGAGUGGAGACAUCUGCUGUGCAUGUGGCCUCGACAGGCGUGACAGCCAGCAGUGACAUGUCUCUGUCUCAGAGCACAGAGGAACUGUCUCCAGAGAAAAGGUGCCAUCCCCCACAGGUGAUGAAGUCUCACAGUGUCAGCAACAUAGAAACAGGGGGCAUGAGGCUCUACUCCUUCGAUGGCGAUGACGACUCCUAUGAUACAGCAGCAAUGAUUAGGAUGGCAGGAGCCGGUCCAGGGCCAGGAGCUCAGGGCCAGAGCAUAGUCAGGAGCAAGUCAGCCGGUCAGUUACUCAACGACCAGGUUCUCCAGGUCUACCCCAGCUCCUCUGCAUCUUCCUCAGACCUGCUCUCCUCCUCUAAGCCUCCUGCCAGCACAAGCAGAUAUCCGGUCUCCUCCAGCCUGGCCAUGGGCAUCCCUCCUCCUCAGUACAAUAUACAGUACACAAGCAGUGCCAUGCCAAAAGAGGGCCUCUGGGCCCAGAGGAUGCCCAUGCCCCCAGAGCACCAAGGCUACCUCCCUCCUCCUCCGCACUCACUAGCCAACACCAACUACUCCAAUCGUAAUCAGGCACCUCCCUACCCAAUACAGCCCCAGCAAAAGGGGCCUCCCAUGGCUCCCAAACCUGCCGGGGACAUGUGGGCUAAGGAGAGACUUCAUUCUACCAGUAGCCAGCCUAGAUGCAGCACUCUGCAGAGACAAAGCAGCAGCACCUCCACAGCUUCCAUGGGCGACCCGAGGCGCAUGCAGCUGCCCGAGGGGGAAUACAUGACGUACAGGGACAUUCACACCCUCGCCAGAGGGCCGCUGGCAAUGAGCCAGGCCAUGCAGAGGCCCCUCUCAGCUCGCACAUACAGCAUUGAUGUACCCGGGGCUUCCAGGCCUCUGGGCGCGCGGCCGCAGCCCCACGAGCUCCCGGAGAGGACCAUGUCUGUCUGCGAUUUCAACUACCAGCACAGCAGCCCCAGCAAGAGGCCCAACACCAGGGUGAAGUCUGAGCACUCACUCCUGGACGGUCCUGGACAGGUGUCGGGAGGAGCGGGAGCAGGAAGGGUGCCAGCAGACUGGAGAGACCAGGUGAUGCGACACAUCGAGGCCAAGAAAAUGGAAAAGGAUGAUGUGUAUGCCCCCCAAGGGCAGCAGAGCUACACCAUGGACCCCCACAGAAAAGUGCCUUUGAUGAACGGUCAGGUGGGCCCUUGUGGUCGUCCUCAGAUGAGCCAGGCGCCCAUGGCCCGCCACCCUUCCAGAGAGCAGCUCAUUGAUUACCUGAUGCUCAAAGUCUCCCAGCCGCCCCAAGGGCCCCCGCGCAUCCCCAUGCACGACACAAUGCAGCAAGAGAUGACUAGACUGGCCCAGCUGUUACACUACACUAGCCUGAGUCAGGCAUUGUUUUCCAAGCCACUAUCCCCGAUCGGGCCAACGCAGCCUUCAAGGGGGAAUGUGACCAGGAGAAUAGCCCGCUGA